AGAAGGGGAAGAAAUGUUGUACGAUCUGGCUUCACUGAUAUAUAUGUGUGUGUGUAUACACGCAAUACAUAAAAUGGGAUUCUAAUAAAAAGAAACCUUAAAAGGAUGGUACAUUAUAUGGUGGUUGUUUAAAUUAAUUGGAUUUCCAAUUACUAUACCAUGGUUACUUUACCAUUUUUAUGACAUUAUGCAACAAAAGAAAGAAAAAGCAAUAUUAAAAAAUAAGGUGGUAAUGAUAACUGGUGCCAGUUCUGGAUUAGGCGAAGCGUUAGCUCAUGUAUUUUACAGUUGCGGUUGCAGACUUAUUUUAGUUGCUAGAAGAAAAGCAGAGUUGGAAAGAGUUAAAAAUACAUUAGUGGAGAAACAUUGUACAGUUCCAACUCAUCCACCUGUAAUUCUACCUUUGGAUUUAACCGAAAUUAAUACUUUACAACCGGAAAUAUCAAAAGUUUUAUCGAUACAUGAAAGAAUCGACAUUUUGAUAAAUAACGCUGGAAUUUCAUAUCGAGGAGAGGUCAUUAAUACAAAUGUGGAUGUGGAUAUUAAAGUGAUGCUCAUUAAUUACUUUGCACAAAUAGCAUUAACUAAAGCCGUUCUUCCGUCAAUGUUAAAACAACAAUAUGGUCAUGUAGUGUAUAUUAGCAGUGUUCAGGGUAAAAUUUCUAUACCUUAUAGAUCUGCAUAUGCAGCAUCUAAGCAUGCAUUACAAGCUUGGUGCGAUUCCUGUAGAGCGGAAUUAGCUGAGAAAAAUAUUAAAGUAACAAUAAUAAGUCCUGGAUAUAUAAAGACUGCUUUAUCAUUAAAUGCUUUAACAGGAAAUGGUGAAACAUAUGGAGUAAUGGAUCAAACUAUAGAACAAGGCUAUUCUCCUAAAUACGUUGCCAAAAAAGUUUUGAAAGCUGUAUUGAAAAAAGAAAAGGAUGAAGUUAUUGCACCAAUUAUUCCAAAAUGUGGUAUAUUUAUACGUUUCUUAUUUCCAUCCCUUUACUUUUGGCUCAUGGAGAAACGUGCUAAAAAGUUAGAUAAAGACAAAUAAUUUUCUAAUAGAUCUGAUAUAUUAUAUUUUGUUUGAAA